UGCUGGUGCUGCUGCUGCUUUUUUUUUCUUCCUCCCACUCCCCCCUCCCCGCCCCCCGUCUCCUCAAGAAAAACAAGAAAGGUGGACCGAAGUGUCAGGAGCUGCUUUUCCUUUUUGCCAGCACUCCUCCUCCUCCCUCUCGUUUACGUCCCCUCUCUCUCUGUAUUGCCGUGUCUGCUCGCUGACUUCUCUCAUUGACACACUCCUCCUUGCUUCAGCUGGCUGACUGAGUGCGCUGACACUGGGACCACUACCUGCUGCCUGGGGAUUAAGCGCGCUAUGAAUACCCGGAGCCUAAUUUGUUGUUUUGGCUGCCAGUGAAUAUUGGAUCCCCGCGGAGCAGAAGCUGGAGCAUAAAUCCUUGUGACCAGGACGCAGGGAGCGCCUCUGGACUGAGACAACCAGAGACAAUGAAGAAGGGACUGGAUGCUUGAGGAAGCGUAUAAAAGAGAGACGACAAACCGAGAGAGAGAGAAAAGACUGCACAAGUUCUUUACUGAAAGAAGAAGCGGAAUCAACCUAAGUCUUACGAGGAUCAGGACCCAAUAAGAACCUUUUCCUCUCAUUAUGUGGUUGGGAUUCUCUGUCACGGUGCUGACAUGAGGGAAGAAAGCCCAACAAAUCUCCGCCUCGAGCUUCUCGGUUGAUUUCUGAUCACACACAGGUUUUUCUCCUUUUUCUUUCUACGAGUUUAUUCAUUCAGACUGUCUCUGUGUUUUGCUACUCAUCCGUCGCUGCGUGGGGGAGAAGACGUCUCCGCGCUGGCAGGUCCAGCGGGGGGGAUUGUGAUCGUCCUCCUCUUCCAACUUUUUCCCCCCUCUCCGCCACUUCCACUGACCUGUUUGCAGUUGCUCACAGCGGCGUUGGGGGGUUUGCAGUUGCUCACCCUCUCGAUGAGACUGGCCAGGAAUAAAGAUUAUUGAACCGAGGAGGUGUGGCAGGCACGCUGGAGAGAAGGGGAGGAAAAAAUAAACCAUCUCCGUGAUCCCAGGAGCAUAUGGUUUAGUGAGAGGCAGCCAGCUGCUUUCCAGCCGCCCGGCUAAUCGCGCUACAGAAGAUUCGAGUUGCUCCGGUGACAGUGUCAGGUUUGGGUUGCUCUUGCGUGCCGUGGUCGUAUAUCUCUUCACCCUGACAAGCUCCCAGACCUCCUUCGGAUACAAAGAAGCAGUUGUAUUGACUCAGAGGAGUGCCAGGCAAAUCAUUGCUCAGGAAAGCAGCAAAGCCAUUGUUGCCCCAACAGGCGACAUCCACAGAGAAGCUGAAAAAGAUGCUCAGCCAUCACCUCUUAGGGAAGUACCUGUGACACACGUUGUUGGUGAGCACCAGACCUUGGCUUGUCUUGUAAAGGCUUUUGACAAAGAAAGGAGGGGGUGUCCUCUUGGAGCCGGCUUUGCCAGACCCCCUCCAUGUCCAUCUAAUUACCCGUCAGGGUCACCGGGAAGAAAGGAGAGGAUUGCUUCUGUGGAUUUACUGUCGUGCUCCUGUGGAAGUUUUCCUUGUGGAUAUUUGACAAUUACAAACACCCACAUCCUAAUGCCCAAAUUUCUGGCUUAGGUGCAUCUCACACAUACAUGCCAAAAGCGCUUUAGCACACAUUUACCAACACAUUACAACCACCCACUUAAAUCCACACACAUAUUUGCACUGUAAGUAUAAACCACUACACACACCAACACACACACACAUACUCACACAUUGAAAGCCCAUUAGUUUGUCUUUUUCCCAGUGGGUACAGCAGAAUGGAGGUUGCGUGGACAGGUGGGGGGCUGUAGGAGUUCAACAUCUCUGUCCCCCCCCGUCUGUCCUCUUUCCCCAAAUGGAUGUUAUUAUCUCUAAAAAUGUGUUACUUGGAAACUGCUGAAAGCUUGCUGCUGCGAUUCUCUGUCAGGAACAGUCACCGGGUGCCUGCCACGGUGCACAGCUGGAACCACAGCUGAAACACCGACCAUUACGGAUCUUCUUUUGCUUUUUAUUUUUUCCUCAUCUUCAUCCUCUGCCCUUCUCCCACCGCCAUCAUUUUUUCCAACGGGUCUUUGGGCACCCCUCGUCGCCCUCCUCGUCCCAACAUCUCCUCCACCCUGGAGGGGAGGGGGUCAUUGGAGUGGAGCAUGAGCGGGUGCCACUAUCCCUCGCCGCCGCCGCCGGAGCGGGACCGCAGGUACCAGCACAAGGUGUCCUUGGUGGUGCGCUACUUCAUGAUCCCUUGUAACAUCUGUCUGAUCCUGCUGGCCACAUCCACCCUGGGCUUCGCUGUGCUCCUGUUCCUCAACAACUACAAACCUCCUCACUUCACACCGGCGCAGCCUCCUGAUGGCUGUAGAGGAAUGCUGUGCGGCUUUGGCGCCGUUUGUGAGCGUGACCCAACGGAUCCGGCCAAGGCUGAGUGCGUUUGCAAGAGGGUGGAAUGUCCGUCCUUGGUGGCGCCUGUUUGCGGCUCAGAUUCCUCCACCUACUCCAACGAGUGCGAGCUGGAGAAAGCCCAGUGCAACACACAGAGACGCAUCAAGGUGCUGCGCAAGGGACCCUGCUCUCUGAAGGACCCCUGCACUGAGGUGACCUGCAGCUACGGCAGCACCUGCGUCCAGUCGUCGGACGGCUUGUCUUCUAAAUGCAUGUGCCCCCUGGGCUGCGAGGGCAAGGCCGAGGAGACGGUGUGUGGCAGCGACGGAGAGGACUACCGCAACGAGUGCGAGCUCCAUCAGCACGCCUGCAAGAACCAGAAGAACAUCCGUGUGCAAUACCAAGGGCACUGUGACCCGUGUAAAGACAGCGAGAACAGCCUGAGCACAAUGUGCCGGGUGGAGACUCUCACCCGCAACACCCUCAUCUUCGGCCUGCCGGAGUCGUGCCCUCCGGGGAGCGAGCCUCUGUGUGCCAGCGACGGCGAAACCUACUCCAGCGAGUGCGCCAUGACGGCGAAGGGCAUGCAGAAGGGCAUCAAGCUCAGGAAGAUCCAUGCAGGACAAUGCAGGAGGCUGGAGCAAUGCAAGGAGGAUUGUCUCUUCAACGCCGUGUGUCUGAUUGAGCAGCUGAGCGCCCGCUGCUCCUGCGAUCCCAUCGAGUGCGACGGCACCUACAAGCCCGUGUGCGGCAAGGACGGCCGCACCUACACCAACGACUGCAUGCGACGCAAGGCGGAGUGUCUGAGCAAGGCCCUCAUCCCCAUGAAGCACCGGGGGCCCUGUGAUCUCAACGUCCGGAGCCCGUGUUUGGAUAAGGUGUGCGACCACGGGGCGGUGUGCGUGGUCAAAAACGACGAGCCGGUGUGCGAGUGCCCCGAGGCCUGUCCGCAGACGUCCGACCCCGUGUGUGGGUCCGACGGCCACAGCUACGGCAGCCCCUGCGAGAUGCGAGCGAUGGGCUGCGCCCUUCAGAAGGCCAUCCACAUCCAGCACAAAGGACCCUGUGAUGAGGCUUGUGCCAACUGCUCUUUCGGGGCAAUCUGCGACGCCCAGAGCGGACAGUGUGUGUGUGCAUCAGAGUGUGUGGAGACCCACCAGCCCGUGUGUGGCAGUGAUGGCACCACGUACAACAGCGAGUGCGAGCUGCAUGUGCGCGCCUGCAAAGAGCAGAUGGACCUCCGAGUGGUCAGCCAAGGAGAGUGCAAAACAUGCGGCAGUACUGUUUGUGCCUGGGGCGCCCGGUGUGUCCAGAAUGAGUGCGAGUGCCCGCAGUGCUUCAACGAGGCCUACUCCCCCGUGUGCGGCAGCGACGGCGCCACCUACGACAACAACUGCGAACUCCUCCUGUCCUCCUGCAUACGGAAGGCGAGAAUUGAUGUGGCAAAGCUCGGCAGCUGUGAUGAAGACUGCGGAUCAGGAGGGUCAGGCUCGGGCGUGGAGAGCUGUGAGCAGGACCGCUGUCGCACGUUUGGAGGCUCGUGGGAUGAGGAUGCGGAGGAGGACCGCUGCGUCUGCGACUUCACCUGCCAGAGCGUGCCUCACAACCCGGUUUGCGGCUCCGACGGCAAAAACUACAGCAACGAGUGCGAGCUGAAGAAGGCCAGAUGUGAGAAACAAGAGCACUUGUUGAUUCAGAACCAGGGACCCUGUGCAGUGAUUUCAGCCACAUCUCUGCCUGAGCUGACAGCACCCCAGCACUGCAGUCUGUCUGUGUACGGCUGCUGCUCCGACAACAUAACGGCCGCCUUAGGAGUCGGACUGGCUGGAUGUCCCAGUACCUGUCAGUGUAACGCCUACGGCUCCUACAAGGGGACGUGUGACCCGGCCAGCGGUCAGUGCUCCUGUAAGCCGGGCGUCGGGGGACAGAAGUGUGACCGCUGCGAGCCGGGCUUCUGGAACUUCCGCGGCAUCGUGACGGAGAACAUGAGCGGCUGCACACCGUGUAACUGCGACGCCACGGGCUCGGUCCGGGACGACUGCGAACAGAUGUCGGGCUUGUGCUCCUGCAAGACGGGAGUGAAGGGCAUGAAGUGCAACGUGUGUCCAGAUGGAAGCAAGAUGGGCAUGAACGGCUGCGACAAAGGACCUGAGGCUCCCACUUCAUGCCAGGAGUUAGAGUGCAGCUUUGGGGCUUCUUGCAUUGAGGUGAACGGCCAAGCCCACUGCGAGUGCCCCGCACCUGACUGCGAUGAGAAAAACAAGACUAAGGUGUGCGGCUCUGAUGGGGUGACUUAUGCCGACCAGUGCCAGCUGAGGACCAUCGCCUGCAGGCAAGACAAGGACAUCACAGUGCAACACUUCGGACAGUGCACAGAAACCAUCUCCGAGCUGGCAGAACGACCAACCCACAACCCCAUCACCACCACUGCCGCCUCCAUCACCACCGCCGCCCCCUUAAACCCUAACAUCGUGUACGGCAUCCCGCCUCCAAGGACAGCAGAGAUAGAGACCAACGAGAGGCCCCCGGCUACCACCCCCUUUUCCACCAUCAAUCACAACCGUGCGCGAACAAACCACCGCCACCCCAUCCACACCCAGCCUCAGCCUCCACAGCCGACCGCUGCCACCACCUCCUCCUCCCGCAGCAUCAGACCUACCCCCUCCGCUGCAGUGGCCUCCUUUGAGGGCUCAGGCAGCGGGGAGCCGAGCGGGGAUGACCAGACCGAAGAAGAGGAGGAGCAGGAAGAGGAAGCAGGUAGCGGCAUCCCAGCGGAGGCCAGUGGGGCAGAGGAGCCAUUCGAUCCCACUAUGGCAAACACAACUGCGCCCACAGCUGAGGACAGAUCAUCCUGUGACAACACAGAGUUCGGCUGCUGUCCUGACGGCAAGACACCAUCCAGCACUCCAGAGGGCGCCAACUGCCCCUCCACCAUGAGGUUCAGCGGCUUCCUGCACCUGGACCAGGUAGAGGGCCAAGAGAUCUUCUACACCCCGGAGAUGGAGGACCCCAAGUCGGAGUUGUUCGGAGAGACGGCCCGCAGCAUAGAGAGCGCUCUCAAUGAGUUGUUCAGGAAGUCGGAGGUACACAAAGACUUUAUGAGCGUUCGUGUCCGUAACCUGGCACCCAGCAACUCCAUCCUGGCCUUCGUGGAGGCUCACUUCAAACCAGAUACAAGAUACACGGUGGAGGACAUCGAAGGAGCCCUGCUGAAACAGCUGAAGGCCUCCAAAGAGACCAGCAUCGCCGUGAAGAAGCCGGAGGAUGAGAAUAUUCGCUUCACCAAUUAUGCUCUGUUGACAGGACUCUCCUCCAUCCCCUUCUUCACCACCACUACCACCACCACCACGGCAUCUGUCACCACAGCUGCCCCCACCACCACCACCACAACCACCACCACCGCCGCCACCAGCACCACCACCAGGCCUCCGACAACAACCACCCCCUACUUCACCCGUCGCCCUACCCGCAGGCCCAUCAGACGCACCACCACAACCUCAGCGCCGGUUACCACACCACUCCUCCACACCACCACGCCAGCUAUCACCACGACCACGCCGUUUCCCGCUACCACCGUCGCACAUGUCAAGAGUAAACUUCCUCACAAGGCCCAGAAGCCGUGCGACUCCCACCCCUGCCUCCACGGGGGCACCUGCGAGGACGACGGUAACGACUUCAGCUGCAAGUGUCCCGCCGGCCGAGGAGGCUCCGUGUGUGAGAAGGCAAUCAAGUACUACAUCCCGUCAUUUGGAGGCCAGUCCUACUUGGCCUUCCAAACCAUGAGCGCCUACCACACUGUCCGCAUCGCCAUGGAGUUCAGAGCGUCCGAGAUGACCGGCAUCCUGCUCUACAACGGCCAAGAAGGCAAGAAGGACUUCAUCUCUCUGGCUCUGGUCAACGGCAGGGUAGAGCUCAGGUUCAACACGGGCUCCGGCACAGGAACACUGAUCAGCAAAGUGCAGAUCAAUCAGGGCCGCUGGCAUCAGCUGGUGGUGACUCGCAAUCGCCGGAACGCCAUGCUCAGCGUGGACAACGAGCCGCACAUCGAGGGCCAGAGUCCACGCGGCACAGACGGCCUGAACCUCGACACCAACCUCUUCAUCGGAGGAGUGCUGGAGGAUAUGAAGCAGGAUGUAAUGGAAAGGACAGCGGUGGCCACAGGUCUGGUGGGCUGCAUCCGCUUGCUGGACGUCAACAACCGGGUGCUCAACUUGCAAGAGAACGGGGGCGACAGUCUGUACGGCAGUGGCGUGGGUGAAUGCGGCAACAACCCCUGCCUGCCGAACCCCUGUAAGAACGGCGCCGCGUGCCAGGUCAAGGAGGCCGAGAUGUUCCACUGCAAGUGCAGCAAGGGAUUCUGGGGUCCAACUUGUGCUGAUGUCCAUGACCCAUGCGAGCCCAACAGGUGCCACCCAUCCUCCCAGUGCCAGGUGCUGCCGGAGGGAGGCUACAAAUGCGAGUGUCCCAUGGGACGUGAAGGGAAGCACUGCGAAAGAGUGGCUGAGAGGAGAGGGGCUUACAUGCCAUUAUUCAACGGAGACUCUUACCUGGAACUGAAGGGGCUCCAUCUCUACGGGCACGAUCUGCGUCAAAAGCUGAGCAUGACCGUGGUCCUCAUGGCUAACGACUCCAAUGGUUUGAUCUUCUACAACGGCCAAAAAUCGGACGGAAAAGGAGACUUCAUCUCUCUGUCCCUCAACAACGGGAUCCUGGAGUUCCGCUACGACCUGGGCAAAGGUCCCGCCACCAUCAGGAGUAAAGAACCAAUCCAGCUCAACGUGUGGAACACCAUCAACUUGGAGCGCUCAAACCGCAAAGGAGAGAUCAUGGUGAACAAGAAGAACCCCGUCCGAGGGGAGGCACCGAAAUCACGCAAGAAUCUGCACGUAGAUCUUAACCUGAAAGAGUCUCUUUUCGUUGGUGGAGCUCCUGAUUACAGCCGACUGGCAAGAGUCGCCGCUCUCACAGAAGGCUUCAAGGGAACAAUCCAAAAGAUCAUUCUGAUGGGCACACCCGUCCUCAGAGAGGAGCACGCCCUGCGCUCCAGCGACGUAGCCAUGUUCCAGGACCACCCGUGUUCUCAGGAGCCCUGCCACAACGGCGGCCUCUGCAGCCCCCAGCUGGACACCUACGAGUGCGUGUGUCUCAACGGCUUCUCAGGGGGACACUGUCAGAACACCAUCUACGAGAAGUCUGCCGGAGAGACGGAGGCCAUCGCUUUUGACGGGCGGACGUUCAUUGAGUACCACAACGCCGUUACAAAGAGCCAACUGACCAAUGAGAUCCCAGAUCCUGAGUCUCUGGAGAACCCAUCUGACCAGAGUGAGAAGGCUCUGCUGGUGAACAAGUUCGAGCUGAGCAUCCGGACAGAGGCGACCCAGGGCCUGGUGCUGUGGAGCGGGAAGGGCGUGGAGCGCUCGGAUUACAUCGCCCUGGCCAUCGUGGACGGUCACGUCCAGAUGACGUACGACUUGGGCUCCAAGCCCGUGGUGCUGCGCUCCUCGGUGCGUGUCGACACCAACCGCUGGAUACGCAUCAAGGCCAGCAGAGCACUUAGAGACGGCUCUCUACAGGUUGGCAAUGAGGCAGCGGUAACGGGGUCGUCGCCUUUGGCAGCAACACAGCUGGACACAGAUGGAGCACUCUGGUUGGGUGGUCUGGAGGAGUUGGCCGUGGCCCGUCGUUUGCCCAAAGCCUACAGCACCGGUUUUGUUGGCUGCAUCAAAGACGUGGUGGUGGACGGCGUGGAGCUCCACUUGGUGGAGGACGCCUUAAACAGCCCCAAAAUAUUACACUGUUCCGCCGCCAAAUAACCCGGCAGAGACAAACCGUAGAGAGAAAUGAAAAAAAAAGAAAAAGAGAAAACCCUCCCACCCGCUCCCUCCAUAGUGCUCAUGUCUCCUGCUGUAAUUAUUUUCUAUUUUUGUAUACUUUUCAUUGCUUUUUAUAUGGAAAGAAAAUGAAUAUGUUGUUUUAAUUUUUGUUUUAUACUUUUUUCUUUUCUUUUUUUUUUCUUCUUCUGCACCUCCGUUCACAGAACACACUUUGUUUUUGUUUUUCUUUUCUUUACCGCCCUGGCUCUUCAGCUUUUUUCAACAAAAAAAACAAAACAAGCAUCUCUGUGAAAAAAAGAGAUUUCAAUCUUGUCAUAUUUUGUUGUUUUAAAACAAACGCCAACUUACAGGAAAAAAAGAAAAAAAAAGCCUGCACCUUUUCAGCGCUCAUUACUUGAACACUGGUGGCCAUCGCUGAUGAUCUCUGGUUACUGCCUUGUCUUGGUGCCAUAUCUUAUCAUCCACAUUCCCCAAGCAUGGCUUAUACAUCCAUGACUAUAUAGACGUACAUUCUCCACCACCCCCCCUCCCUCCCCAUGAGAGCUGGACGCUGUGUAUCCUGUAGCUGGCGUGUGCAGUUCUUUAACGCUGCAGCCAGCUGACGUCUACUGUCAAGACUCUGCAUUCAGCCUCAGUAGCCCCCUGUAUUUAACUAAUGGGACUUUUUAUCAGUCAAGCUGCUGCAGCAAGAAAGUCUCCCCCCCCCCCCCCCCCCCCCCCCCCAUCUCA